GAAUGAAAUCAGACCUUUCUUCAAAUGACGUGAUUUCUCGAAUUGAUACAAUUAUAGACCGAAAGCAACAUUCUAACAUCCAUGAAGAUUUAAUUCGUAACGAAGCACUUAAACUAUUAAGAUAUAUUGAUGAUAACUGGGACAAGUUAACCGUUAAUAAUGAUCAAGUAUUCUUGAAUACACUGUUGGAAACUGAGUGGAUCCCUACCGUUGACGCAUCUGGCAACAAAUACUUCUCGAAACCUCAAGAUUGCUGUUGUCAAAAAGAUAAAGAUUUAGUUUGUCUGGUUGUUCCAAUACUUGAAUGCAAAGUUAAAAGCAAGGAGUUUUUAAAACAUUUUAAGUGGGAUACUUUUCCUGAAGUCGAAAAGGUUCUACAGCAGUUAGAGUUAUGUUAUGAAUCCAGACAACCACCAAAUAACUUGGAAAAGAUUUGCAGCGCAAUUUACGAAUAUAUGAGUAAAACUCUACAAGCAAACGAGGAAAUAUUCAAGAGUCAAUUGGAAAAUAAACCGUGGAUUUUACGUGAAAAAAAAUUUUAUUCAGCUGAUAAGGUUGUUUUUCGUCUUCCAAGUAAAUUUAGGGAUAACGUUUCUAUAAUUGUUGAACUUCCCAUUUUAUAUGCAAGCAAAUCUAAGAAUUUGUUUAAAGCUAUGGGAGUUCGUGAUGAAAUUGGAGUCAAAGAUUUUAUUUUAAUUAUUAAAAAUAUAGUGGAAGAAAAUAAGAAAAGAAGGCUUUCGGAUGACGAAAUGAAAAAUGUAGUUAAAGAAAUCGUUCAAGUUCUUGAACAGAUUGCAAGGUUACAACAGGAUAACAAGAGAGAAGGAAAGAAACCUGAAAGUUUGGAAGGAUUAUUAAUUCCGAGCACUGAAAAUGAAUUUAUAAACUUGGAUGAAAUUCAAUUUGAUGAUAUGGGAGAUAGACUUGACGAAGAAAAGAGGAGUGAAUUUAAAAUUGCUCAUCAACUCAUGACCCUUGAUAUUGCUAGAGAAUUAGAACUUCAAACCUUAACGGGAAAAAUAUAUGGUAUUAAAUCCGGAGAUAUUGAUUGGGAUAUCUAUGAACAAGAUGAAUCCUUGACUACCAGAAUCAAAAAUAUUAUUAGUGACUAUCCAUUAGAAAAAUUGUUUAUAGAAUUCCUUCAAAAUGCAGAUGACGCUGGUGCAAAACAAUUUUCAGUAAUAAUAGAUGAAAGAAAAAAAUUUAAGCAUGAUCCUUCUAAAAAUUCUUUGUUGUCAGACGAAAUGGAAGGUUGGCAAGGUCCCGCGAUAUGGAUAUACAAUGAUGCUGAAUUUACUGAUAUAGACUUUCGAGCUUUGAUUAAACUCGGAGUUGGAGGAAAAACUAGAGAUGAUACUAAAAUUGGAAGAUUUGGGAUUGGAUUCAAUUGUGCUUUUCACGUCACGGAUUUACCAAGUAUUAUAAGCGGACAAAAUAUUGCGUUUUUAGAUCCAAAUGCUAAAUUUCUUACAGCACAAGGAUACCCUCCCAGAAGGCAUAGGGGCACUAGAUUUAAUUUUAUUGAUAAGGAGUUGUGGAAGUUUACAGAUCAAUGCUAUCCUUAUAAGGUCUUAUUCGAAUGUUUCGAUUUUAUGAAAGAUUGCAGUUUUAAUGAAGCAGUAGGAUUCGGAAAGAAAACAUUGUUUAGACUUCCACUUAGAACCGAAGAAUUAGCGGAACAAAGUGAAAUUUCAAAUCGAACCAUAGAAAUUAGGGAGAUCUUGCGUCGAUUCAGUAAUGUCCGGGGUAUCAAGGAGAUGCUCUUUUUGAGGAAUAUAGAAUCAUGUAGUCUACAUCACAUAAAUGAACAACAAGAAACUCGAACGAUAUGGGAAGCGAAUAUUCACAUGACAGAUGCUUGUCGCAAAAUCCGUAGUAGUGUAGCUGAUACAAUGCAAAUAUAUCAAUUAGAUAUUGAAAGAAUCGAUAACAGGACAGUUUCAGAAAUGUGGUUGUUAUGUACAGGAGGAAAUGAGGGAAUCAAUUCGGAAUUUAGAGAGUUUUCAAGAGAAAGACGACUCAGGCCAAGAGGUGGAGUUGCUACAUUACUUGCUAAAUCCGAUGAAAAAUCUUUGGAAGAAUUGAGAGCUGAACCGUUUUCAUAUCCCGAAUUCAGAGGAGAAAUUUAUUCAUAUUUACCUAUGUCAAUUGCUACCAACUUGGGAGUCCAUUUAAAUGGAAACUUUUCUCUGUCUAGUGCAAGAAGUAAUAUUUCACAAUCUGAAAAUGAUUUUCUGCAAGCCGAUUGUAACGAUGCAAAAUGGAAUCGAUUUAUUUUGAAUGAUGUUUUGCCUGAAUUACAUGCUAAAUUGCUCGAUCAUAUUGCGUUGCUCAAAGAAACUAAAUGGAGGGAAAAUAGAACCGAAGUUAUUCCACAUCAUCUUUGGCCUAUUAAAGAUAAUUUAAAUUCAUACAAAAGCUAUGGAUUAAAUGUUAUUAUAAAGAUGUGUCUUCGUGAGUAUAAAAUCUUCUGGACCGAAGCUAGCGGUGGGAAAUUUGUUUCAUUAAAAACAGCCAGAUUUCUUAAGGGAGAAGAUCCUAUAAUUGCGAAUAUAUUAGCCGAUUUAGGAGUCUUGGCGGUGAACUUAAAUGAGGAAAAUUUUAACCAACUUGAGGAAGCUAAAACUAAUAGUAGAAAUCCAAAUUUCAAGUACACGUCUAUUGACGGAAGAUUGGUUUGCGGAGAAUGUCAAAGGAAAAAAUUGAUGUUACCUUUCAAGAAAGAGAAUAAUAAUCAUGAUUCAUUAUUUAAAUUUCUUAAUUUUAUCCUUAAAGAAAAAGAUAAAAGUACUUAUAGAUUGCUUGCUGGAUUACCAUUAGUUCCACUAAGUAAUGGUUCAGUUGGAAAUUUUGGCGAAGUUCAUUAUAUUGGAGAACAAGAACACCUAGACCUAUUUCCAAGCAUUGGCCCAUCGAAAUUUGUCACCGUUAACUUACCAAAGGAACUUGCAGAAAUUUUUACAGAUGAUGAGUUUUCUGAAAUUACACAUAUUAAAAAGUUUGAUGCCUUAGCAAUUUUAGAUCUUUUAGUAUAUGAACUAUCAUUUUCAGAUAUUGAAUGGGAACCUAAUGGAGAUAUAGUACCAUAUAAUCGUUGGCUUGAAAAAAUUUGGUCAAUACUUAUUACUGAUGCAGAAAAGUUAGAUUUUACGAUACUUUCUAGCUUUCCUCUAUUACCAAUGACUGAACCUUCCAUUAUGAUUGUUCGACCCGAUAUAACAAAUCCACUAUUAUAUGACAAUGAACAUAUCUUAAUUCCAAUUUUAGUAAAGCUAAAAGUACGGUUUACUAAUAUGAAAAUUUUCGAAUGCGCUAAUGAGAGCCUUAAACAAUGUAUAGUGCAAUGCACUCCUAUAAAUAUAAUUAAUUCGUUGGAGCAAGCUCGUCAUUCUUCAUCUUCGAAUAUGAAGGAAUUAUUUGAAUCUAGUGAUCUAUCACCUUCAGAUUAUGAAAUGCUUAGAACAUUUAUCAAAAAAGAACUUGAAACUUUAACAGGCAAUCAGGAAAAUUUCAUGGAUAUUCUUAUGUCUUUACCAAUAUGGCCAAUACAUUCUGAUGAAAAAGACAUGUUCAUUGAUGCCAAGUCUGGAAUUCUUCUUCCAUUUAAGCUCCCAUUCUUUUCAUUUCGUAGAAAAACCACCUUUUACAAAUGUGAUCACGAAACUGACUUCAAUACACUUACUAGCUUAAAUGCUCAAACUAAAUCUGAAUUAGAAUAUCUUAAAGAAUAUUUGUUACCAGAAUUUAUGGAUUAUUCGAAACCCAUAGAUUGUCCAGGUUACGUCCCUUUCUUGUUAAAAGUUUUAUCUUUAGAAAAUUCGGAAAUUGAACAAUAUCUUAAACAACAGAGAGUGAUACCUAAUAGAUCACUUGAAGAUUUUGUAAGUGCCAAUGAAUUAUAUGACAUGAACGAGCCCUUAUUCCGCAGUAUUUUUGCGGAUAGCGACAAAUUUUUACCAUCAGAAUUACAAAAUGAUUCCGUUUGCCUGGAAGCUCUUGUAAGAAUUGGUCUUAAUCGUCAAGUAAAUCAUAAUACAUAUAUCAAAUGCACAGAAUCAUUGGUAUCACAGAUUAGAAAUAUUAAACGAGGUAUAGUUACGAUUGAAAAAGUUAAAAAUCGUGCAAAAGUAUUAGUACGUUGUUUAUACGAAAAUGUCGACACGUUAAAUUUUAACGAAGAACAAUGGAACAAAAUUCUGGAUACGAAAUUUGUUCCAUCAGAAACGAAUCUUCCUAGUCAACUUUAUCAUACAUCAAAAGAGACUUCAGGGUUUGAAAGUUUUAGAACACUUUGUUCUCACAAAUAUAAGAAAGUAUGUUGGAGUAAACGUCCAUUAUUUGAUGAAAAUAUUGAACCCAUUACAUCUUUCAAUCAGCGUUAUCCAAAUAUUGGAAUUCCAUCUACCGAAGAUAUUAUUGAACAUUGGUUUUUUAUUGUUGACAAUAUAAAUUCAUGGAAAUCUCUCGAAUGUAAGGAAAUAAAAAGUGUAAUUAAAGAAAUUUAUGAAAUAAUGAAUGAAUGUUCACAAGAUGAAAAUCAAAAGGUGUUGAUUGGUUUGAAGAUUAAAAAUAAUAAGAGGAAAUUAUUCUUGAUCGGAGAAGAUCCGUUUAAUGUCGAUAAUUGGGAAAUAGGAGAAAAGCUUAUAAUUGGUUUACAUGAUAAAGUUGAAGAAUAUUUAAAACCUUACGAGAAUUUAUUAGAACUUGCUGGGGCUCGCAAGUUAAAUGAGAUCAAAUCAAAUGUAAUAAUCCGAGAACAUGAUCAAAAAGAUAUAUUGUUUGAAGCUUUAUUGAACAAACUUAUUAUUCAAUCUAGCAAUGAAUAUAACGAUGUCAUUUUUAUUGUUGGUAGUGAGAAGGAACAAAUUGGUGCCAGUAGAUAUGUGCUUUCAGCCGCAUCGCCUUACUUUAAUACGAUGUUUUGUGGUGGCUUUAGUGAGUCAGCAAGCAAAGAAGUUAAAACUAUAGAAUUAGAAGAUGUUCGACCAGAGGCAUGCCGGGUAUUUCUUCAAUGGCUUUAUGGACAAUCUUUUGAAGAAGCAACAAAGUCAGCCUUACGUAAGAAAGAAAACUUUACAGACGAACAAGAAAGUUAUGAAACUUAUUAUUUAUACUUUUUGGUUCAUUUGUUAAAGAUAACUGAUAUCUAUGGUGCUGACGCACUCAAAGAUAACGUGGAAGAUACUAUUAUAAAAAGUCAUGUUAAUGUUCAUAAUGUAUGCGAAAUAUUAAAAUGGUCAAAACAAAGCAAAGCACCACAAUUAAUAAAUCACUGCGAACAGUAUAUUGAAUCAAAUAAUAAUAUUAUUUUAGAGCAAAGAUUAGAAUAUAUGAAUGGAGAGGAUGAGGAUGAAAUAUCCGAAGAAACAGAAAUGGUAAACACGUUACUUGAAAGAUAG